AUGGAGCAACCACCACACUCUGAAGAUGACCCCGCAGCUAACUCUCCAGAGGCAGCCACCGCCCUAAACCCCCAAAAAUCUGAUACUCCACGGGGCAGCGGCACCCGACAUCCCGUCUAUCGCGGUGUCCGAAAACGGAGGUGGGGAAAAUGGGUGUCUGAAAUUAGAGAGCCACGCAAAAAAUCACGCAUUUGGCUAGGCUCAUUUCCUGUGCCAGAAAUGGCAGCCAAGGCAUAUGAUGUGGCGGCAUAUUGUCUUAAAGGUCGUAAAGCGCAACUUAAUUUUCCUGACGAAGUGGAUGACUUGCCCAGACCGUCCACGUCUACGCCCAGGGAUAUUCAAGCAGCAGCAGCAAAGGCAGCACAUUCAGUACUGAUUCCAAUAAAGAAGAGCAGCGAAACAAAUAGGGAUAAUAGUGGUGAUGGUGAAGUUGUUGAUGAUGAUUUUUGGGGUGAGAUUGACUUGCCUGAAUUGUUGAUGAGUAGUAGUGCGUGCAAUUGGAACUGUUGUGGAUGGAGUCUUACUUUUGCAAGUGAUAAUUCAACGUGGCAGCAGGAUGGAGAGUGUCUACCACAGUUCAUGACAUGUCUUUAA